AGUUACCAUCACUGUCCACAAAAGGUCAGGCACCGGCUGACUCAGCGGCGCCUUCUAUCCUCCUGCCUCUUUUGGAUGGAGAACAAUGGGCUUUCUCCUCCUUCACUUCGAGUUAGAACUUCAACCCGUCGGCAUCUUUACGUUGAGAAGUUGAUGUUUUGACUCUUAUUGAAUCGGCACCCUAAGUAUGUGUUCUCCGUUGACAUUGUAGACCUGCCAACCGCGCGUCUAAUCCGUAUUGUCAUUAACAUUGGAGCUUCCAAUCCGAUAACACCUUUGCUUCAUGCGCUUUUCGUUUUCCAGCUACUGAAUCUGAACUGCUUGUGCUAUUUGUGUCGUGUUACAAUUCCUGAACGCUUUUUCGAUUGAUCCAUUCGAAUUAAUCCGUCAUUCAGACGUAUUCGUGUGAGAUAAACUUACGUUGUUUUACAUUCACAGCAUAAAGGAUGGACGCAUAUUUCCACGAGAGAAACUCACUAAUCGAUCAGGACCUUGCUUUGCGAAGAGAUCGUGUCAAGGUCAAGACAUCGACACCAUCCGAACUCCUCGCUGAUGGCAUCGUACGAGGUGUGCGAGCGAAAGAAGCGUAUUCUGUCUGGCAUCCCGGUGGCGAGCCGGCUUAUUAUGGUGACGAUAAUACACCUCAUAUCUUCCCUGGGAUGGAGUUCUUGACUGGUGAGGAACUUUUGUUCUAUUUCGAGAGACAUCAUCUUGAAGACAAAAUUAUUUAAUAUUCUGCUCAAGAUGCCGAAAGGUGCUUUACUUCAUGCGCAUCUGGAUGCGACUGUCAAUGCGAGAACGCUUCUCAAGCUUGCUCUUGGACAUCCAAACCUACAUGUCCGCACGUCUCGCAACCUCUCCUUUACCAACUUAACGUCGACAAUACCGGAAUUUAGGCCGUUUGUCACGUCGCCAUCCUCGUCUUUCGGCCUGACAGACGAGAACUAUGCACCUGGAGAGUGGGUUUCAAUUCACAGAGCUCGAGAGUCGUUCCAUGAGCGCCUUGGAGGACCUGCCGGCUUCGACAAAUGGUUCAUUGAUUCUCUCAUGAUCAACCCGUCCGAGGCAUACGAGAAAUACAACACUACCAGCAAGAUCUGGCGAAAGUUUCGCAGUACCUUUGAAGUAUCAUCUGUACGUCUCCACUUAAGCCCAGUGCAUAUCCAACUUUAUAACCUCGAAGUUGCCCAGGAAUUGAUACGAUAUGCACCCAUAUUCCGUGGUUACCUUCACGAGUUUCUCAAGUCUUCAGUAGAAGAUGGAAUCUCGUAUAUCGAAGCUCGUAUCAACUUCCAUUAUAAAUUCAUGUUUGGUCAAGAUGGGCUGGAGAAUAUUCCCCAUCGAGAAUGGCUUGUAGCUCUCAAACAAGUAGUCGAAGAGUUUCGUCGCUCCUUAAAGGAACAGAGCCGUGAAGAUGAGUUCAUUGGAAUCAAGAUCAUCUACACCACCCUUCGUCACGCCCCUCCCGAAGAACUUGAGUGGUAUAUUGAAGACUGCAUUCAGUUGAAACAAGAAUUUCCGGAUCUCAUCGUAGGUUUCGAUCUGGUCGGCCAUGAAGACACCCUGAAGCCUCUCAUCGACUACAUCGACCCAUUAACACGCUUCAAGGAACGACAAAAUGAACUUGGGAUAGACAUCCCAUUUGUAUUUCACGCAGGCGAGACUACGGGAGACGGCACUAAAGCGGAUAUGAAUCUCUACGAUGCUAUUUUACUGGGGACGAAGCGCAUCGGACACGGCUUUUCGUUGUACAAACACCCGAAGCUGAUGAGUAUUUGUAGGGAAAGAGGUAUUGCUAUUGAAGCUUGUCCGAUCUCGAACGAAAUUCUGAGGUUGACGUCGUCGAUGCCCAUGCACCCGCUCCCAGCUCUUCUCAAUCAAGGAGUUCCCAUCGCAUUAUGUUCUGACGAUCCAGCAGUAUUCGGGAACAUGGGACUAACAUUCGAUUACUUCCAGGUCCUGGUUGCUAGCGAAACGACAGGCCUACUGACGUUAGGUCAGAUAGCUCGCGACAGUAUCCAAUAUUCUUUACUGCAAUCGGCGGAAAAGGAACGUGCAUUAGAACUGUGGGAGCGCAGGUGGUCGAAGUUCAUCGAGACUAUUGUUCAUGGUCAUCACAAUCAGGAUGCUCUGCGUAAUUGACAAUAAUCGUGCAGGGUCAAUGCCUAUGAUACCACAUGUAUUUGUUAUACCUUCCAUACCACACCAGUUUUGACAAAAUAUAGGACAGAUUUUGAGCUCGCAUAAUAAAUAGUAUAUCAGGGUAUGAGAGACGUCGACACGAAAACAGACAGAACACAACAGCAGCAGCAACAGCCCAAUGCAUAAGCAUAAUUGCCAGUCGGCAUAUCAGAGUACAACCGAGGAGGUGAGGAAAACGCGCAAGAGAACGAAGACUAGCAAUCGGACUUGAAGCCGGGUCAAAAACCCUGCUCAUUAGCGACUACUGUGUCGAUGAAAUCACAGCGAGACCAUAAAGCAAAUAACAGGAGAAAGCAUACACAGGGAAAAACCGACACGAUAAGAAACCCUGAAACAAAUCUCGGGUUUUGCUAGUUGGAGGAAGACCGCAGCUGCUUCUGCUUUUCCGCUUCCAACCG